CAUUCUCUCGGAACAUUCUCAUCUAGUUGUUCGAAAGCAUGCCAGUGAGGCGAAGGUAUAUUCCUCCGGCAGACGAGGAUGUACCCUUUGGGGGCAAAGUGGUGUUAGCGAAGAAAAAAAAGCCAGAAAGUUGGUUUUAUACAUUUUUAGAGCUGACGGCAUUUUCGUUUGUGUUGGCACUUCUGUACUUCUCGUACUUCCACUUUGACUACCUCCACUUCCACGUCACUCACCUGUACGCUCACAUUGGACACUCCCCCGCACAGCACGCCAUCGCCCACAAAUACCUCAAUGGUAAAGGUGUGGAGCGAAAUCAUACAGCAGCAAUGGACUGGUUUAGAAAAGCAGCUGACCAGGGUCAUCCUCAUUCGGCAUACAAUUUAGCCGUAGCUCACAUGCAAGGAUUUGACACAGAUGUCAAGAAAGGGGAAGCCCAUGACCUCAUCAAAUAUGCAGCUGAUAAUGGCGUGCCAGAAGCGCAUGACAUCUUCCGCAGAAUCUGCAGUAAAGGACAUUGCAAGCACUGACAACACGAAGAGAAAAUUUGUUUUUAAUGAUUAUGCCAUCUCUUGGAAAAAAAUAAAUUAGUCAUUUAAGUUGUAUUUUUGAAUGUUGACUGAAAAAUAGGUACAACAAAAUUAGCUGUACCAUCAUUGUUUUAAAAAUAAAUAAUUAAAUGAAUUAA